UCUUUGCAAUUAGGUGACGGGAUUGGUGCUGUUCUCUUUCUGGAGAGAAAGACAUCCUUGGUCAUCUAAAGCAUUGCACUCUCUUCCUGAGAGAGGCAAUGGCCACAGCAGGGAACGACUCCUUCAUUGCCGAGGGAAUGACUCCGCCACAAAGGAUCCUCUUUCCCCCCGAGAAGAUUUGCAUGGUCUGGCAGCAAAGACAGAGUGCUGGAGCAGGACUCCGCAAUGUGGGCAACACAUGCUUCCUUAAUGCUGUCCUGCAAUGCCUGACAUACACCCCGCCGCUGGCCAACUAUCUGCUCUCCCGCGAGCACAGCCAGGCCUGUCGCCAACAAGGCUUCUGCAUGAUGUGCAUCAUGGAAGCGCAUGUUAACAAGGUCCUGCGUUCAGUCAGUGCCAUCCUGCCUUUGGCUGUUCUCAGGGUUUUCAGAUUCAUAGGAGAACAUUUUCAGCUUGGCAGGGAGGAGGAUGCCCAUGACUUCUUAUGCUGUACUGUCAAUGCCAUGCAGAGAGCUUGUCUGAGUGCAAGCAACGACUUGGACAUAUCAUCUCAAUCUACUACCAUUGUCCAUCAAAUAUUUGGAGGCUUUCUGAGAUCCAGAGUCAUCUGCUUCAGCUGCAAAGCCAUUUCUGAUUCCUAUGAGGCCUUCCUGGAUGUCCCCUUGGAUAUCAAAGUAAGAGGUUUUGCAGUUGUGCUUCAAGACAUGGCAAGGUGUGAGAAGAAUGUUGCCGCCACUAAGAGGUUCACUGUCCACUGUGCACCCAAGGUUCUCACUGUGUGUCUGAAGAGGUUUGACUACUUCACUGCUGGGAAGAUCAGCAAGCUUGUAGAGUAUCCGGAGUACUUGGAUCUUCGCCCAUACAUGUCUCAGGCAGAUGGAGAACCACUCCUCUACUCCUUAUAUGCUGUCCUGGUGCACAGUGGUGUCAGCUGUCAUGGAGGACACUAUUUCUGCUACACAAAGGCCAGCAAUGGAUUGUGGUACCGGAUGGACGAUGAAUCUGUGCAGCUGCGUUCCAUUGACACAGUUCUCAGGCAGCAAGCCUACCUGCUGUUCUAUGCCAGCUUCAUCCCCCCUCACAACCCUGGGGACUCCUUGGAGAUGAAUGGCUGCUGUGCCAGCACCUACUGCUCCAGGAAGGGAGUGCAAGGUGAAGAUGCUACACUGGCAGGUGCAAAGAAGGUUCAUUUUGCCAUGGGAUCCCAGGAGGUCACCAUGCACAUCGUCAAUGGGGUCUGA